AUGCAACAGCAGCAGCAGUCAGUAGACGGAGAGGUCGAAGGAGAGCGGGUAGCAGCGGGAUCGGGGAGAGACGGCGCAGGCUCCGCGGAAGGGGGAUCGGUUGAGUUCCCCGCGGAACUUGCGCGGAGGCUCCGGGAUUUGAAUCAGGAGCAUAUCGAGGCGCAAUGGCGGGAGCUGAAUAGAGCGGAGGAGCGCGCGCGCCUGCUGGAGGCCGUGGAGGCAGUGGACGUGGAGAGAGCAGUGCGUGUGUUCCAGGCGUCAACCCACUCCUCACACAAUGCGCCCUCGGCGCCCCUGCAGGUGCAGCCAGUGCGGAACGUGUGCGCACUGGAGGGGCGAUCAGAUGCAAGUGCACAGCAGUGGAGGGAGCAGGGCCUGGCAGCCAUCGCCCAGGGCCGACUCGCCGUGCUGCUGCUGGCCGGUGGACAGGGAACAAGACUGGGAAGCUCCGCACCAAAGGGCUGCUAUGACAUUGGGCUGCCUUCGCACAAGUCGCUGUUCCAGCUCAUGGCGGAGCGCCUGCUGCGCAUGCAGACGCUGGCUGUGGAGGCUUCAGGUACAUCUGUCGCAUCAUCCGCGCCCGUGCACAUCCCAUGGCUCAUCAUGACCUCGCCCUUCACCCACCAGCCCAUCCUCGACUUCUUCGCCCUCCACAACUACUUCGGCCUCCUGCCCUCCCAGGUGCAUUUCUUCCAGCAGGGCUCUGUGCCGUGCUUCACCAUGGACGGGCACAUCAUCCUUGAGACUCCCACCACGCUGUCCCAAGCGCCUGAUGGCAAUGGUGGCGUGUAUAAUGCGCUGAAGGGCAGUGGUCUGCUGGACCGCAUGCAGGCGCAGGGUGUCACACACGUGGAGUGCUUCUCAGUCGACAACGCCCUCAUCCGAGUGGCAGACCCGCUCUUCCUGGGCUACGUGCUGCACGAGUCUGCUGACUGCGCAGCUAAAGUGGUGCAGAAGGCCUACCCAGAGGAACGGGUGGGUGUGUUUGUGCGUACCAACCAUGCGCCUCUCAAACCCACACGGGCAAGCGAGCAGCACUCUGUUACAGAGGAGGCGAAGGAGAACGAGGGGAAGAAAGAGGAGGGAGAGGGAGAGGGAGAGGGGGAGGGGGAGGAGGAGCUGGUGACGGCAGUGAUGGAGUAUAGUGAGCUGCCUCCAGGCAUGGGCACGUCUGUGGAUAAUGCAACAGGCAAACUCAAGUACAACUGGAGCAAUAUCUGCAUUCACAUGUUCUCUGUGGAGUUCCUACAAGCAGCUGCACAAGCUCUCGACCAGCACUGCAUCCACCAUCUGGCGGUGAAGCGCAUUCCAUCGGUGCACGGGGCAGUGCAGGGGGUGAAGCUGGAGCAGUUCAUAUUCGACGGCUUCCCCCUUGCCUCCACCCUCGCUCUCCUCGAGGUUGCACGAGAGGAGUUUUCACCGGUAAAGAACGCCCCUGGUGCUGCUGCUGACUCACCGGACACAGCCCGCCAGCACGUGCUGUCCCUGCACGCGCGAUGGGUGCGGGAGGCAGGCGGGCAGAUUGUGAGGAGGGGUGGAGUGGAUGGUGAAGGGGUUGAGAAGGGUGAGGGAGGGGAGGGGGGUGAGGGAGGGGAAGAGAGGGAUGAGGGAGUGGAGGUGUCGCCACUUGUGUCGCAUUCUGGGGAGGGGUUGGAGGGUGUGUGCAAGGGAGUGGUGUUUGAGGCACCGAUCUCUUCUCUUCCGCCUCUCCCGGAUCCCGGCCUCCCCACCUCGUCGCCUCCCCGCCUCCCCGCGUGCAUGGCAUCUCAGCUUCAUACCGGAGCAAGCGCAUCCCCGCAUCCCGCGCAGCUUCAUUCUCCGCCACCCUCCUCUCCCUAUCCCGCCCCCCUCCGCCACCCUCUCCGCCUCCCCUCUCCUCCGCGCAUCCCGCGCAGGUUUGUGACGGAUCACGCGUUCGAGAAGCCCAACGACGAGCGCGGGCUGCGGCUGAUGAACGCCGCGGCGACGGCGGUCAUGGCGCAGGUGCCGGACAUCGUAUUUGCGUACGGCGUCAGCGACGAGUUCAGCUUUGUCAUUCGCCGUGACUCCAACCUUUAUGAGAGAAGAGCCAGCAAGCUGAUAUCAGUGGUGGUCUCUCUAUUCGCAGCCUCCUUCGUCCACCAGUGGCCCAACCACUUCCCCUCACAGCCCCUGCUCGCGCCGCCGUCCUUUGAUGCGCGUGCCGUGCUCUACCCCUCCACUGCUGUGCUCCGAGACUACCUCUCCUGGCGCCAAGUGGACUGUCACAUCAACAACCAGUACAACACAUGCUUCUGGAUGCUCGUCAAGUCUGGCCUCUCACCCAAAGAGGCACAGGACACCAUCAAGGGCACGUUGGCAGAUGCAAAGAACGAGCUGCUGUUCACGCGCUUUGGCAUCAACUACAAUGACCUGCCCGCCAUCUUCCGCAAAGGCUCCUCCAUCUUCCGACGCCAGGUGGAGGAGCAGGUGGACGGCAAGCAGCACCCAGACGGGCGGCCUGUGGUGCGCAAGCGAUCCAAGCUGGUGGUGGUGCACGAUGACAUCAUUGCUGACGCUUUCUGGGCGGCAAACCCGCAUCUGCUGGGGGAGUAG